GACGUCAGGUGGAGGAGAUGUCUAUUUUGUGUUGUAAAAAUAAUUAAUUUCACGACGUUGUGUGCAACAAUUAUGUGAAUAAUGAGAUGAAAGUGUAAAUAAAUGUUAGUUUAGUGCUCAAUAGUGAUUAUGGCGCAUAGUGGUGGUGUUCUAAGUUCGGAUAUAUCUCGAAGGAAUCCACAAGAUGAAUACGAGCUGGUGCAACGGAUCGGUUCAGGAACGUAUGGCGAUGUGUAUAAGGCAAAACGUCUCAACGGCAAUGGCGAGCUUGCCGCCAUCAAGGUGAUAAAGCUGGAGCCGGGUGAUGACUUCGCCAUCAUCCAGCAGGAGAUUCUGAUGAUGAAAGACUGCCGGCAUCCCAAUAUCGUCGCAUACUAUGGCUCGUAUCUGCGCAGAGACAAGCUAUGGAUCAGCAUGGAAUACUGCGGUGGAGGCAGUUUGCAGGAUAUCUAUCAUGUAACCGGCCCGCUGACAGAGCUGCAGAUAGCUUACAUGUGCCGAGAGACCCUCACCGGUCUCUCGUAUCUACAUAGCAUGGGGAAGAUGCAUAGGGAUAUCAAAGGUGCUAAUAUAUUGCUGACUGAAUGCGGAGAUGUGAAAUUAGCGGACUUUGGCGUAUCUGCGCAGAUUACAGCUACUAUUAAUAAAAGAAAAUCUUUUAUUGGGACGCCGUAUUGGAUGGCACCCGAGGUUGCUGCUGUAGAAAGGAAGGGUGGUUACAACCAGCUCUGUGAUAUCUGGGCUUGUGGGAUAACUGCCAUUGAAUUAGCAGAACUCCAGCCGCCGAUGUUUGAGCUGCAUCCGAUGCGGGUUCUCUUCCUGAUGUCAAAGUCUGGCUUCAAGCCGCCGCAGCUCAAGGAACGUGAACGCUGGUCCCAGGUCUUCCACGCCUUCCUCAAGCUCGCACUCACUAAGAAUCCAAAGAAACGACCCACCGCUGAUAAACUGCUGCAACACCCAUUCUUCCAGCAAGAGAUGAGCAAGCGGCUGGCGAUAGAACUGCUACAGAAGUACUCCAACCCGCCAAGCCAUUGCAGCAGUCAGGAGCUGGAUGAGGACGGGGCAAUAUCAAACGUACCACAACGUAUAGCAUCAAAACACACCGGCCGUGGUCGAAGAGUAUUAGGAGAGCCCGAUAUACCUGGCGCUGCGCCCUCGAGACCUCGUAGUCUGGCAGAUAGGGCUCCACCGAGAGCCCUAAAACCUGUCACCCGUGUGUCAAGACCCACAUCAUUGCUAGAUGAAAUACCAAACCCGAGGUUACUGGGUGAAGUACCCCCAGAAAGAAGGGUAUAUGAUGAUUCGCCGGUGGUGGAUUUGGAUGAAGAUGAAGAAAUGGGAUUAAAGUCUAUACCACAAGUGAUUAAUUUCAGUGCUGAUGUUAGUAGAAGUUGUGAUGGUGAUACAGUUAAAAGAAAUGCUGAAUUCCAUAGACAAACGAGCGACGACUGGAGUGUAGCCUCUCUCAUGAGUUGUCCAAAACACAACCCCUUGUCACAGGAACUGCAAGAUCUAUCCACAGAUACGAUGCCAUCCAGUGAGAACAAGUGGUGUCGGGUGAUCACUGGUGAUGAUAUUAUGCGAAUGAGUUUAAGGAGCCUCUUGCAAUAUAUUGACGAAGAGUUAAUGCUAAGGGCAACACUACCACUGACAGCGGAGACAGCAAACAUGGCGCAGGGUAACUCUGUAUUGUCCAUACACGACCAACAUCUAUCACAAUGUAUACAAUUAAAACAGAAUUAUUUAAACAGUUCAACGACAAAUAUAUAUCAGAGUUUAGCAUCAAACUUUCAAAGUCCAAUUGCUGCAUCUCACGUAUCUAUAAACGAUCCAUUAUGUAGGAAAAUGGGAGAAACAGAAAUUAUGUUCGCGGAUCAACCGGAAAAUGACCUAAAUAAUUCACCACAAGUUAGGAAUGCUAAUUGCGAAUGCGGACAAUGCCCGAAACCUGAACCUAGAGAUAAUAAUACGUUAAGUGAUUUACAAAGAUCUGUCGCAUCAAAAUGUUCCUGUGACGCUUGUAAUUCAAACGGAGAUAUACUGAGUUAUUAUAGAAAUUGUUCCAAUCAAAAUCAAGAAUCGGGUAUCAUUUACUGUGAUAAUUGUAAAAAGCAAAAGAUAUCAGUAUCCAAUUUCAGAGCUUUACAAAUAGCUAAUCGUUUAAGAAUAUCAGAAACGGAUAAAUUGGAGAACGGGACAACGUCUGAUGAAGAUUUGUGUAGAAAAAUUGAUAUCAGUUUGAACAUGGAAGAGAAAACUUAUGAACAUAGGAAGAGACAUAAUAGGCACAAUUCGGAUACGGUCACCGCAGGGAUUGAUUUAAGUCAAUUCUGUCAGUGUGAAUUGGAGAAGAGAAAGACAUCAUCAGUAGAUGGGAUAUUCAAGUUGGUGGAAGAAGUAAGAGAUGGAAAAGAGUUGACAGAUGAAGAAAUGAAGAUAAGUCAACGGCAAAGAAGUUUAUCUGAUAGUCAGAGAGAUAAAGCUAAAGUUGACGGUGAAGCUGUCAGUGUGUCUGUACCGCCUGUGCCCCCGAGGCGUGCGAGGUCGCGGCGCACGCGCACGCCGCCACGCCCCGCACCCAACGGCCUGCCCCCCACUCCCAAAGUACACAUGGGGGCGUGCUUCUCAAAGGUGUUCAACGGUUGCCCACUCAGGAUAAACUGCACUGCGUCAUGGAUACAUCCUGACACGAGGGACCAGCAUAUACUGAUAGGCGCUGAAGAGGGUAUCUACACGUUGAACCUGAACGAACUGCACGAGACGGCCAUGGACCAGCUCUGUCCGAGAAGGACAAUCUGGAUGCAUGUCAUCAAAGAUGUCCUAAUGUCACUGUCUGGUAAAACACCAUCACUAUACCGACAUGAGCUACUAGCUCUGAUCGGCAGCGCCCGAGGUGGACGUUCCCUAAGAGUUCUACCACCAAGACUGCUGCCCAGGAGAUUCGCACUCACUACACGUGUGCCUGAUACUAGAGGUUGCAUGAGAUGCGCAGUCGCCCGCAACCCAUACAACGGCUACAAGUACCUGUGCGGCGCGACACCCGCCGGACUCUUCCUCAUGCAGUGGUACGACCCGCUCAGGAAGUUCAUGCUGCUCAAGAACAUAGAAUGUGUUCUCCCCACACCGCUGUCUGCAUUCGAGUUGAUAAUAACUCCGGAGUUGGAGUAUCCGCUGCUUUGUGUCGGCGCGACAAGGAAGCCGCUCAGACUUAACCUUAUCAAUAUUAACUCUGGUGCGACGUGGUUCCACUCAGACGAGCUGGAGGCGUGUGCUGGAGGCUCCAACACCGUCAUCCCGCGACCCGAGCGACUCCACACCCUCAAGGCUGUGCACCAGCUCAACAAGGAUGCCGUGUUGGUGUGUCACGAGAACAUGGUGGACAUAAUCCCCGCGCUGCCCACCGCGCUGGCGGAGAGACGUCGCACCAAGCUCGUCUCCAGGAUACAGUUCGACUUCCACAUCGAGACCAUACUGUGCCUGGCGGACUCAGUGCUAGCGUUCCACCGUCACGGCGUGCAGGGCCGCUCUCUGCGCAAUGCUGACGUCACUCAGGAGAUCACAGACCUCUCGCGUGCAUACCGCCUCCUCGGACACGACAAAGUUGUUGUGUUAGAAUCACAUACACUACACAACACGUUAUCCAGUGACGAUGGAAACGACCUGUAUAUACUUGCAGGACACGAGGCUUCGUACUAAACAAUGUAUGUAUGUAAUCAUACACAAACAUACAAACUUGUAUGUAUGUAAUGUUUCAUUUUGUGAU